CCACUCUUCAACAGAAAUUCUUUGUUUGGUUGGAUUAUAACUACUGUCAAAAUAAACGAAAAUGAUAUCCUAUUGAAUGCUGGCUUGGAUGCCUUUGUAUUUCUCAAAUUUUUCAAAAUGUCAAUAAAAAUACUCUCAUCCUGCUUUCUUUUGGCUUUUUUCAUUAUAAGUCCCAUUAGAUAUCACUACACUGGAAAAUUCGAUAAUGAUGACAACGACAACGAUGGCAAUGAUGACGAUGAUAAUAACAAUAUUCAAUUGAUUAUUCAUUUUUUAUGGACUUAUCUUAUUUUCACUUACUUAUUCACUCUAAUAACCUUUUUCUUCUUAUUCAAAGACACAAACCACAUACUACACAUUAGACAGCUUUAUCUUGGUAACCAGAACUCCAUAACUGAUAGAACUAUCCUAUUAUCUGGAAUUCCUCCAAAUCUAAGAAAUGAAUCCAUUCUUAAAAACCAUAUUGAACUAUUAAAUAUUGGUAGAGUUGAUUCCGUUAUUCUCUGUAAAGAAUGGAAUAAAUUAAAUAACUUGUUCAAACAAAGAAAAAAAUUAAUUCAUCUACUCGAGAUAAAAUGGGCCCAGUAUUUAAAUCUUAAAAAUAUAAAGACGGAUUUUAAUUACAAUUAUAAUAGUAUUAACAAUAGUAAUAUAACUGUAAGCCAAAUUGAAAAUGACAAUAAUAAUAACAGUAACAGUAACAGUAACAGCAACGAUAACAAUAACAAUAACAAUAAUAAUAACAAUAGUGAUGAUUUCAUAAACUACACAGAUAAUGAAAGCGAUUUAGACAACAUUUCAACAACAAGUACAGGCGUAGUAAACUUGGCUGCAUCUCAAUUUAAUCACAAAAGACCCAAAAUCAAAAUUGGUAGAUUUGGUUUGUUUGGUAAAGAAGUAGACGCAAUCGAUCAUCUAUCAAACAAUUUAGAAAUUAUCGACGAUGAAAUUAGGAAAGCAAGAAACAAUCACUACUCUCCAACCCCAACUGCAUUUAUCACAAUGGACACAGUUGCAAGUGCUCAAAUGGCAGCCCAAGCAGUUUUAGACCCUCAUGUUAAUUUUCUUAUCACAAAAUUAGCUCCUGCUCCGCAUGAUAUAAUCUGGGAUCAUGUUUGUUUAUCCAGGAAAGAAAGAAUAUUUAAGGAAUAUAACAUAACCAUUAUUAUUGGAAUACUAAGCAUUGCAUUAAUUUUCCCUGUUUCAUAUUUAGCCACAUUGCUAAAUAUUAAGACAAUAUCUAAAUUUUGGCCUGGUUUGGGUGAAUUGCUUCAUAAAAAUAAAUGGGCAGAAAAUUUUGUUACUAGCUUAUUACCAACUUAUUUAUUUACAUUGUUAAACUUUGCAAUUCCUUUUGUUUAUUGUUGGUUAUCCUCAAAACAAGGUUUCAUCAGUUAUGGAGAACAAGAGUUGUCUAUUGUUUCUAAAAAUUUCUUCUACAUUUUCAUCAAUCUUUUUCUUGUUUUCACUUUGGCUGGUACAGCUUCAAAUUAUUGGGGUUUCUUAAGUGAUACAACCAAAAUUGCAAAACAGUUAUCGAUGUCAUUAAAAGAAUUUUCUUUAUUUUAUGUUGAUUUAAUCAUAUUUCAAGGCAUAGGCAUGUUCCCAUUUCGCUUGUUACUAAUUGGGUCAUUGAUAAGGUUCCCAUUUUCCAAAAUAUCUUGCAAGACUUCAAGAGAUCAUAAGAAUCUCUAUAAAUCCCCAAUUUUCAAUUUUGGUUUAAGUUUGCCACAACCAAUGUUGAUUUUAAUUAUUACUUUAAUGUAUUCUGUCAUAUCAACCAAGAUAUUGGCAUCUGGUGUUGUUUAUUUCAUGAUAGGUUAUUUUGUUUAUAAAUAUCAGUUGAUGUAUUCAAUGGUUCAUCCACCUCAUUCUACCGGGAAAGUAUGGCCCAUUAUCUUUAGAAGAAUCAUUCUUGGUCUACUUCUUUUACAACUCACAAUGGCUGGCACAUUGGCUUUACAGAAUGCUUAUGUGUUGGCAACUUGUUUAGCGCCAUUGCCUGUGAUAACUAUUGGGUUCUUGUAUGAGUUCCAAAGGCGCUAUUUGCCACUAUCUAAUUUUAUUGCGUUAAGAGCUAUCAAAAAUGAUGAAUUGGAAGAUAAUAGUUUAAGUCCCCGAAUGAGAGGUAUCAAUGAUGAUGAUAACUCUUUAAUGAUAAAACGUUUGGCUAGUAGAAAAACAUUAGAUGAAAGAAGGGAACAAAAUCAAACAUAUGAAUAUCCUUACUUAUUUCAGCCAUUAGAUGGACCUUGGAUUUCAAUUGAGGGUGAUCAAAUAAUAAUGGCCAAUAAUGAAGGAACUAUCAGAAAAAGAAUUAGAUUUCUUGAAUGG